AUGGCGUUCCCAUCGUGCACAUAUCAUGUGAUCUCGGGAGUUUGCCCCGAUGGGGAGUGCCGACUCGUGCACGGAGAUCUCUGCCAGUAUUGCGGGAUGUAUCUUCUCCAUCCAGAGGAUGAAGCUUUCAAUGCCCAACACUUGGGAGUUUGUCGGGAGAUUCGUGAGACUCGGGGGGAAUCCCAGCCCUUCCCCGCUCGUCCGACGAAUUUCGAGUGCGGGGUAUGUCUCGAAAACAUCUCGGACAUACAACCGGAGGGAGCGAGGAUAUUCGGUCUCCUCGAAAAAUGUCCACACGUAUUCUGCUUGAAAUGCAUCGCGGAAUGGAGGGGAGUCAAGACCGUGGACGUCGAGUCGGUGAGGGGAUGUCCCGAAUGUCGAACUCAGUCCGAGCUCGUCAUUCCUUCUGCCUACUUUGUCGGAGGGGGGGAGCAGAAACGCCUCCUCAUAGAAGGCUACAAGGCGGCUCUGUCAACGAAGCCUUGUGAGUUCCUCGAGGGGGAAUGUCCCUUCGCCGAAGAAUGUUUCUUUCGGCACGAUCCUGCGGAGAGUCCAUCGGCGCUCAAUCCCGCUACCUCGGCGACUUCGGAACAACUCGAUUCUAUCAGUCACACGGACAGGCUCGAAAUUGGACUCGGUGACGGGAUCGAUGGCGAUGAGGGUAGCGAAUUCAACCUUGAGAUCGAAUUCGACGUGGAAAUCCAAAUCCAAAUGGAAAUCGGGCUCGAUAUGGACCCAGAAGUAGACAUGGACCAGGAAGUCGAUAUGGAAAUCGCUUUCGACAUGGAGAUGAAAUUCGAUUUGGAAAUUGAAGUCGGAAUGGAAUAA